GAGCGCGAAUUUUCAGGAAAGUGCACAGUGAAAGCAAACCAAAUGACAACAAUGAACUACAAACAUACAUUAAUAUGCCUCAGCAAAAUGCUUGCAUGCCAUACAGGCGUAAUGAUGCAUCAGAUACUCAAAAGAUGUGGCGCUCACCAGAAAGACACCAAAAAAUGCAUUGCCAAGCCUGAACUUUCCAGACUUCAACACAUGCAAGUAUAGAUACACAGUAGUUGUCCAGAAAACUUUUAUUAUUAUUCAAAUUUGUAAAUUCAAAAGUACAAGAAAACAUCGUCAGCAAUGGGCCCUCCGUCACUUUACACCGAAGAAGUUUAUUGUGGCUCUUUAUGUGUGUGAUUGACAAAUAGGUUGUGCCAAUACAUAUCUCAACAGGAUAUCACCGGCACACAUCUUCAAUAUAAGCAUGGCAUUGGUUUCGUCUGAUAAUUUUUAUGUUGCCUUGGUACACAUUCACUCACCACAAAUCAUGAUGCCGUCAACCACUGCUCCGCGUAAUUCUUUCUGACAAUGCUUGCUGAUUGCUGAAUAAUAUAGAUGAAGGGAACGGCAUGUUGCUUCAUUAUGCUUCUACAUAAAACCACUGCUCCGUAAUUUUUCUAUCAAUGCUUGCUCAAUAAUAUAGAUGAAGAGAACGGCAUGUUGCUUCCAAGCAAGCAGGACUAAAAUAGCAGACAAAGAGGCGAUCACGCCCCCAGCUUGACUGCUGAAUCAUUGACAUCCACAGUAUUAUUUUGCUGUCCCCAUAGCUGUGCAUAUCUCCCUGCGUUGGUCAAGAGGACUUCAUGCGGUCCCUGUUCAACCACCUUCCCAUUCUCCAAAACUAUUAUCUAGAAACCAUAUCCAAAUGGACAAAAGAAACCAUACACUGUAAGUGUAAGCAACAGCAAACAAUUAAGUUAUUGAUGCUAUACUAAUAACCCAUGGAUGGCAUAAAACUAUAAAUUUAGGAGGAUAUUGUAGGUAAGGAUAACAGGAGAAACAUCCCCAUGGCUCAGAUGACAUUUUAAGUAUCUCCUCCAUUACAAGCUUGCAAUUAUUAUUUCUACUCUAGAUCACAGCUCAAGAUGCAUGCAUUAAUAGGACUGAAAAGUGUGUGUGUGUGCGUGUGUUGGGGGGGGGGGGGGGGGAGGGAGAAGAAUACAGAAAAUGAAAUUAUGGCUAAUGAUAUAUUGGUGACAUCCAAAGCAUUACAAUUUAGAAACAGCAUCCACAAAUGCCUAAAAGACAAGUCUCUGGAUCUCAUGUUCUUAUAGCAGUUUUCAUUCUCAAAUGAUAAGUUGAUGCUUUCAUGGUGAGAAUGGGUACAGUACUAAGCAGACGAUCCUAAAAGGUUGAAUGGAUAUUUCAACUACUUGGGAAAGAGAAUGAUCACAAAGCAGUUUAGGCGACACUUAAUUUUCAGCACCACACAUCAGAUUGGAGAUGAAUGCAUACCUCGUCACAUUGCAUUGCAGUAGUAAGUCUAUGGGCAAUAAACACUGAAGUACGAUUAUUGGCUAACGACUUGAGCGCUGUUAGUAUCUCAGCCUCUGUAGUGCUGUCAAGUGCACUUGUUGCCUCAUCACACAGCCUGACAAAUCAGCACAAGAAACAUAAACUUAUUUGUAGCAUUUGCCAGAUCAAUGAAAAUAUGAAUUCUGCAAAUAACAAAGACAUUGGGUAGAAAUGUCAAAUUGGAGCCCCACUUUUACAUGAAGGAACAGAAUCUUAGUAGUCAAGGGGUUCUUUAACAUCCUUGCUCAAGAUUCAAGUUUUACAGCUGAACAGAAGCCGAAGACAUUCAAUAGUAGCCGUCUGUCUCACGGUCAGGUACUGUUUUGAUCAUUUGACAGUAACAUGUACUUCCCACCAAAAAGACAGCAAAAGUGAAACCAUGUAGUAGAACUUGAACUGGUUUAUAUACUUCUCACCGUCAGGUAUUGGUUUGUAUACUUUAUUAUAUGCAGAGUAGUCGAAAAUCUACUUUAAAUCCUAAAAUCUUACGAUUUUAUUUACCUGGUUCGAUCCUGAUUUUACUGUAAUUUAUGAAGUUUAAAAUCCUACACUAUUCACGAUUAAAAUCCUUAAAAUCUUCAAAGCUUUUGAUUUUAAAGGAUUUUAACAAUAAUCUAGAGAAAUUACCAUUUUAAGUGUUAUUGUUUUUGUGAUAUUCACGAGUUAACUUAUUAAUAUUAUUCGGUGUUUUUUUAUAUAUGGACCUUAAAAUCCUACGAUUUUAAGAUUCUAAUUUUAUCCUAUGAUUUGUAUACUUUGUAAUAUUUGUCUACUUUUAUAAUCUAGUUUGUACAAUUUGUGUUAUUGGUUUGUAUACUUAGUAAUAUUAAUUUGUAUAAUUUUUUUAUAUGAUAAAUAUUUUUUAGUAUUGGUUUAUAUAUUCUGUAUUAUUAAUUUGUAUACUUUUAUCGGGUUUGUAUAGUUUUUGUUAUUGGUUUGUAUAAAAUGUACUAUUGGUUUUUGUACACUUUUAUAUUCUAGUUUGUAUACUAUUGCUAUUGGUUUGUGGGUUUUUAUUAUUUGGUUUACCUUAUAUUCUGGUUAUAUACUGUUUUUAUUGGUUUGUGCGCUUUUAUUAUUUAGUUUGUAUAAUUUGUGUUAGUGAUUUAUAUAUUUUCAUGAUAUUAUUUAUAAUAUUAAUUUGUAUAUAUAUAUGAUUUACCAUCUAUUAUUGGUUAGUGACUUACUAACUUUUAGAGUAUGAUUUGUAUAUUUUUUAUACUAAUCUGUUCUGCUUUGUAUACUUCAGGAUUAUGCUUUAUAAUUUUUUCCUAGGUAAAAGUAUAAAUAAGAUAAAAGAUAAAAUAAAAGGGAGGAGAUAGGGUGCUAACACUUUCAUUAAGGAUACUAUAUUAAUUACUCUCCUUUCUCCUCCCUUCCCCAUCCCUUUCCCCCUUUCUCUACGUUGAGGCUAGAAGGUUAUAUAUACAAAUUACAGUUUUGGUAUUCAAACUUAAUAUAUCUUAAUAUUUAGUGCCUAAAAUUAUUUUGUGUACAUAUAAGUCCUAAAAAUAUUUAUGAAAAUUUAUAUUUUAGUACCUACAUUUUUUCUCUUACAUUUUGGUAGCUGAACUUUUAAAAUUUUACAAAUAGGUCCACGGUUUAAGAAACUUCUACGCCAAUUUAAGAUUCUUGUGGCCUAGAUUUUGUGGAGUGGAUUUUGUAGGGUGGAUUUUGUGGUUUGUGGGGUGUAUUUUGUGGUUUGUGGGGAGGAUUAUGUGGGUUAGGUGAAUUUUGUGAUUUGUGGAGAAGAUUUUGUGGUUUGUGGGGAAGAUUAUGUGGUUUGUGUGGUGGAUUUUGUGGGCAUAAAUUUCAUUUCCCCCAUUUAAUUGCACACGUGACUCCCCUUCUCCCUUCCCCUAGUUUUUAUUAAUGCCUAGCAUGCCCCUCAUUCCCUUUCCCUUUAUUAAUUUUGUUUAACUCAUUUAAAUGAAAAAAUCAUUCAAACAAAAUGUUCCUAUUGGUUGGAGCUAGUGUUAGCAUCAUACUAACAAAAAAUGUUUGCACACUAGCCCAACCCAAAAUAAAAGGUUGGGUAAAAAAAGAAGCAAAAGUUAAGGACACUGAAAGUGCAUGGUGGAAAAGGGUAAAGAAAAAAAUUAAAAAUAU